AUGGAUGAAGUAGCAAACGAAGCGAAGGGGCGGAACAGCGCUCACCAUUCUACGGCACGAUGGCACCGAAACCAGCGGAAAGGCCGCGAAGAAUCCGGCAAGGCCCAGAAGAACAUUGUCAAGGGCGAUAAGAAGAAGAAGAAGCAGCGCAGGAAGGAAAGCUACGCCAUCUACAUCUACAAGGUGUUGAAGCAAGUUCACCCCGACACUGGCGUUUCGUCGAAAGCCAUGAGCAUCAUGAACAGCUUCGUCAACGACAUCUUUGAGCGUAUUGCCGCCGAAGCCUCCCGCCUGGCCCACUACAACAAGCGUUCGACGAUCACAUCCCGCGAAAUCCAAACCGCCGUCCGGCUUCUGCUCCCGGGAGAGUUGGCCAAGCACGCCGUUUCGGAAGGCACCAAGGCCGUCACCAAGUACACCAGCUCCAAGUAAAUGACGACCGACACUGCGUUCAAUCACACCAAACCAAAAGGCCCUUUUCAGG